ACACAGAAACCCAUCCUCCAUUUGCAACUGUUUUUCUGCUGCAUUCAGUUUCUGCAUUCAGACAUGAAGGAACGAUGUAAACACCAGAAAAUUACCAUAAAUUCACACAUGGCUUUUAAACAAUGUGGACGUGUCGCCAAACUCUUUGCUCUACUUUGUGUUUUUCUUCUUUAUAGGACUCUGCCUUCAAUUCAAGCAGAGAAACACUCGCUGUAUUACAUUUACACAGGUUUGUCCAAACCUGUCGAUCUGCCGGGCAUCUAUGAAUUCACUGCUAUGGGUCUCCUAGAUGACAGACAGAUCGACUAUUACAAUAGUGAAGAACAGAAGAAGAUUCCCAAACAGACCUGGAUGAAGGAGAAACUGCCGGAGGAUUACUGGGAAGAAGACACGCAGUUUAGAAAGAGCAAAGAGCAGUGGAUUAGGAAGAAUAUCUUCUCUCUGAUGAAAUGCAUGAAACAAAAUGAAUCAGAUCUUCAUGUUCUUCAGUGGAGACACGGUUGUGAAGUUGAGCAGGGAUAUGAACCAAAACGCAUUAAUGAGUACUGCUAUGAUGGAGAGGACUUUCUGUCUUAUGAUUAUCAGGAGGCUCAAUGGGUCGCCCCAGUUGACACUAAUUUAAUAUCCAAGUGGAAAUGGGAAAAUGUGCCGAUCUUAAAACAACACACAGCAGACUACCUGAAAAUGGAGUGUGAGGUCUGGCUCAAGAGAUUCAGAGAAUAUGCAGAUGAGGAGCUCAGGAAAGCUUCUCUUCCAGAUGUUCACAUGUUUGCAAGGAAAUCCAGGAAUGAAACCCAGCUGAAACUCAUCUGUAUGGCCUCCAGCUUCUACGCCAAAGACAUGAUGAUGACCAUUAGGAAAUAUCGCACACCUCUGCCUGAGAUAACAUCCACUGAAAUCAGACCGAACCCUGAUGGGACCUUCCAGAUACAGAAGAGUGUGGAGAUUAGUGAGGAUGAAAAAGCAGAAUAUGACUGUUUUGUGACCCACAAGAGUAUGGAAGAACCAAUUAUCAAAAAAUGGGAUGGAAAAUGCCUGGACUGCCCAACAGACACUUUCAUAGUUAUGAUUGGAAAAUGGAUAUUUUGGAGGUUUGGAGGUUUUCUUCUGCUGGCAAUUGUUGUUUUAAUGGUGUACUUCAUAAUGAAGAAACGCCUUAAUGGGUCCACGGGUCCAAUCUACACCAUGGCCCCGCAAACCCCAGGUACGAGCCUGUCCCUCAACGAGCAGACCCCAGGUACGACCCUGACCCUCAACGAGCAGACCCCAGGUACGACCCUGACCCUCAACGAGCAGACCCCAGGUACGAGCCUGACCCUCAACGAGCAGACCCCAGGUACGACCCUGACCCUCAACGAGCAGACCCCAGGUACGAGCCUGUCCCUCAACGAGCAGACCCCAGAUCAAGACACUGGUAGUGAAACCCCAGACAGCAGUGACACAAACUCAGUGGAGCUUAUUUCCCCUCAGGGUGAGGCCUCCAGUGAUGACAAAUCAAUAGUUUUUCCUAUUCAGGGCCGCUGCUGGCCAAAUGGGUGCCCUAAGCAGGAUUGUAUUGUUGUGCCCACAUUCCACAAACAUUAUGAUGGAAUGAAAACAUCUAAUAUAGUGGUGAAAAUAGAAACUAUUUAAUAAAUUAUAUUAUUUACAAAUUACAAUUGUAGCUCUCGACAUUUACCUAUAACU